AUCACAUAAUAUUCUGCAACUCCAUUUUUCAUCAUCUCUAAAACCAAUCUUUUGAUGUUAUAUUGACUGUAGUUCUUGUUUCUGGAGAGUUGUAAGUUAAUACAAGAUGGGUUUGAUUAUUGGAAUUAUGAUGGGGACUGUAUUUGGCGUUGCAAUCAUGGCUGGUUGGCGUCAGAUGAUGACGUACCGAAGCGGUAAACGAAUCGCUAAGGCUGUUGUCAUAAAGCAACUUGGAUGUCUCAACCGAGACGAUCUCAGGAAAAUUUGUGGCGACACAUUUCCCGAAUGGAUAUCUUUCCCUGUUUAUGAACAGGUGAAAUGGUUGAAUAAAAUAUUAGGCAAACUCUGGCCAUAUGUUGAAGAAGCAGCUCGUAUUAUAAUUAAAGAAUCGGUUGAGCCGUUGUUGGAAGACUAUCGUCCAACUGGAAUUACAUCAUUGAAGUUCGAUAAACUCUCCCUUGGAACUGUAGCACCAAAGAUUGAGGGUAUUCGUGUGCAGAGUCUUAAGAAAGGUCAAAUAACAAUGGACAUAGAUUUUCGUUGGGGCGGUGACCCGAAUAUUGUUUUGGAAGUUGAAGCUGUUGUUGCUAAGUUACCUAUUCAGCUGAAGGAUCUACAAGUUUUUACAGUUAUUCGCGUUAUUUUCCAACUUUGUGAGGAAAUUCCUUGCAUCUCUGCGGUUGUUGUUGCGUUACUUUCUGAGCCAGAGCCAAAAAUCGAUUAUACAUUAAAAGCUGUUGGUGGAAGUUUAACAGCCAUUCCUGGACUUUCUGACAUGAUAGAUGAUACUGUAAAAACAAUAGUUAAAGAUAUGCUUGAGUGGCCUCACAGGAUGGUUGUUCCCAUUGUACCUACCGAUACAAGUGAUCUUGAGCUAAAGCCACAUGGACAACUCACACUAACAAUUGUGAAGGCAAACAAUUUGAAAAACAUGGAAAUGAUUGGAAAGUCUGAUCCUUAUGUGACAGCGUAUAUUCGGCCUCUUGAGAAGUUCAAAACAAAGGUUGUUAAUAACAACCUUAAUCCUGUUUGGAAUCAUGUCAUUCAAUUAAUUGUAGAAGACAAGGAGACCCAGUUUGCUGUACUUGAGGUUUUGGAUCAAGACAUUGGACAAGACAAGCGUUUGGGCAUAGCAAAAUUACCUCUAAUUGACCUUGAACCCGAAAUCGAAAAAGAUAUUGAAUUGAGACUGCUACCUUCACUUGACAUGCUCAAGAUUAAAGAUAAAAGGGAUAGAGGAACUCUUACAAUCAAGGUAAAGUAUCAUCACUUUACUAAAGAAGAGCAAGAUGCUGCUCUAGAACAAGAAAAGAAGAUUCUUGAAGAGAAAAAGAGACUUAAAGCAGAAGGUUUAAUAGGAAGCACCAUGGAUGCCAUUGAUGGAGCAGCAGGGUUGGUAGGGUCUGGUAUAGGCACUGGAGUUGGGCUUGUUGGAAGUGGAGUUGGCGCGGGGGUUGGGCUGGUUGGAAACGGGCUGGGGGCUGUUGGUAGUGGGCUUAGCAAGGCCGGAAAGUUCAUGGGCCGGACCAUAACUGGAGCCGGUGGUUCUAAGCGGAGUGGUGCAUCAACUCCAGUGAAUUCUGUUGAUGAAAGUGGUGGUGCGAAACCACGCUAACCUGUGCCAGUUGUAUAUGUUGUUUAUUUUAUGUGAAUUAUUAAUCUUCUGAGUUGAAUUCUCUUGUUUUUGUUG